AUGGCGGCGAAGCGAUACAUUAAGCCGUCUGCUGUAUACGUCAUCGGAGACCAGCAUCCCAUGGGGAGGUGGUGGCAACAGGUCUUGAGAGAUGUGCACGGUGUGAGAUUUGUUUACCGAGAGUUACCUCCAAACAUCUCCGGCGAGCCCGUUCACUUUCAGCACCACCUGAGUGAUCUGGUCCGACUUCAGACUCUCUACUUCAAUGGUGGGAUUUACCUGGACGCUGACAUGGUAGUGGUCAGGGACCUCGAGCCUCUGCUAGACUACGACAUCACGCUAGGUAUGGUGGAGAACGGCACAGGGAUGGGCAACGCCUUCAUCGUGGCAAAGAGAGGCUCCCCCUUCAUACGCGAGUGGUACAACGAAUACAGACAUUAUAAAAAGGACGAAUUCUACUGGAACUCCUUACAGGUGACAAACUGA